AUCAAACAAAAUGGAAGGUUCCCUACUCAAAUACCUUACGAACAAAAACUACAUAGACACAUUUCGUACAAUACAAAACAUUAAACUAGAAACAGAUACAGAGGACACGACAAACACAUUACAAUUCACAUGGACUCGAAAUGAAUCCAAAUCAAGAAUAGAUCAAAUUUGGUUAUCACCCAAAACAGCUGAUACAUUAAUUGAUAUAGACAUUAUAGAUACCAAAGAAGAAAUUGCAACAGACCACCACUGUACCAAA